UGCCAUGCCUCCCCUCCUCGUCGGCGGCGGGCGGGCGGAGGGCCGACUCAGGGCGGGCCGUCGCGGAGCCUCCGCCUCCUCCGCCUUCUCCGGGCCCCGGCCCCACGGUGAUUCGCAAGGGGAACUGGCUGAGCGGCGGCGGGGAGAGCACCCUAGGGGAGUGUAGGACGCGAGGCGCCGAGGCAGGGAAAGUGACAAGCUGCCCUUUGUCGUCAGCCAGGGACGAGUACGCGGCCACCCUCCCGCCCGCCUGGCCACGAUCCCUCGUCCGCAGAGAUGUCAGCCGCCGGCGUCCGGGGCCUGAGGGCCACCUACCACCGGGUCCUCGAUAAAGUGGAGCUCAUGCUGCCUGAGAAGUUGAGGCCGCUGUACAACCACCCGGCAGGUCCCAGAACAGUUUUUUUCUGGGCUCCAAUUAUGAAAUGGGGGUUGGUGUGUGCUGGAUUGGCUGACAUGGCCAGACCUGCAGAAAAACUCAGCACAGCUCAGUCUGCUGUUUUGAUGGCUACAGGGCUUAUUUGGUCAAGAUACUCACUUGUAAUUAUUCCAAAAAACUGGAGUCUGUUUGCUGUUAAUUUCUUCGUCGGGGCAGCAGGAGCCUCUCAGCUCUUUCGUAUUUGGAGAUAUAAUCAAGAACUAAAAGCUAAUGCAAACAAAUAAAAGAGUUCCUGACCACCCCAACAACCUAGAUGUAGCCAUAACCACUGGGACCUAGUUUGAUUUAUUAUUUGUUAUUGGUAAGGUGAUGCUCUCUAUGCUAAUAAUUGGAACGCAUUUUAAAAAUCUAACUUAAAUAGGAGCUAGUGCUCAAUUCAGCAGAAAAAUAAAGCAAAUUUUUAAUAA